GAAAACAAUCCACUUUUUUCCUCUUUGACACCCCAUGCACUCCUUCCCCUACAUCUCUUUCUCUCUUCUCCCUUCACUCCUGUCUUACUUCCUGUGGUUUUGUUCCCUGUCUCAUCGACAACUGGGAGAGAGAUCUCUCUCUUUCACAACCACAGCUAUGGAGUCCUGACAGGCACUCACAUGUGAAACAACUACUGCUAUGAAAGUAUUUACCUGUGUUGCGCUCAACGAAGACAGACUCUCCGACCUAUCUACCUGGAUUUAAUGCUGUUCAACAACACUGAAGAGGCUGGAUUGUAGGUGAUUUCCAUCCAAACCUCCACUGACUCCCCAAACAGCCCAAGAGACAGGAGCCUGGGAGAGGAGAAGUAAAUUUUUUUCAUUGGAGCAUAAAUCAUGAGACUGAAAACAAUGGCGAGUGUUUGGCCCACGUGUCCAUCCCCACGUGUCCUCCUCCUGCUCCUGCUCCUGUCCACCUCCCUCCCCUCCAUCCAUGGCCAAACCUCCACCGCCAUCCCCUCCCUCACGGCCGACGCUGCCGACAGCACCUCCGCCCCGCUGAGCCCACCAGCAGCAUCCGCAACUCUCACGCCUCCCCUAAACCCCACUACCACAGGCUCUGCCGAGACCUCCGCCACCACCUCCACCUCCACCAGACCCGUCACCCUAACAGCCCCACCCCCCGUGCGGAACUCCAGCCUGGGCCCCGGUGACCCCACAGACGGGGUAUCUGUAGCCAUAGUCACCGCUCCGGCUCCGGGUUGUGGGCCAGGCCUGGACCCCGUCUACUCUAACCUGUGUGACAAGCAGGCGGCGUGGGGCAUCGUGGUGGAGAGCCUGGCUGCGCUGGGGGUGGUGCUGGGUCUCAGCCUGCUGCUGGGGCUGGUGCUGUGGGGCCUGUGGCGCUGCUGCUUCUGCUCGUGCCGGCUGCGGAGCUCCCACUGCGGCCGGGGCUCGGGGGGAAGCGUGGCCUCCCUGGGGCUGUUCCUGCUGGGGGCCGCCGGCCUGCUGGCGCUCACCUUCGCCUUCGUGGUGCGCCUGACGCCGCGCACCUGCCCCACGCGCCUCUUCCUGUUCGGCGUGCUGUCGGCUGUGUGCUUCUCGGCGCUGCUGGCCCGCUGCCUGGCGCUGCUGGGCUUCGCAGUGGCCCGCGGCUGGGCCGAGCCCGGCACGGUGCUGGUGCUGUCGCUGGUGCAGGUGAUCAUCGCGGUGGAGUGGCUGCUGGUGGUGCUGGUGCGCGACCGGCUGCCGUGCAGCUACUCGCAGCCGGAGUUCGCCAUGCUGCUCAUCUACGUGCUGUGCCUGCUGGCGGCCACACUGGUCCUGGCCGUGCGGCUGGUGUGGCGCACGCGGCGCACCUACGGCUACAGCUACCGGCACACGGCGUCGUGGAGCCGCGAGGGCCACACGCAGGCCGCACUGCUGCUGGGCACCGCGCUGCUGGUGGCCGCCCUAUGGGUGGUGUGGAUCGCCCUGCUCACCCGCGGCAACCGCGAGAUGGGCCGGCAGCCCGGCUGGGACGACCCGGUGCUGGCGGUGGCGCUGGUGUCCAGCGGGUGGGUGCUGCUGCUGGGCCACGGGGUCAGCCAGCUGGUCUUCCUGUGCCGGGGCGAGCGGCGGGCCAAGGGCAGCCCCCUGGACUUCACCAGCUGGACCAGCCCCUCGCCCGGCAUGGGCAGCCUGCCCAGCCCCACCAGCCCCGACCCCAAGGGGGGCCGAGACAACGGCAGCUUCGAGAACGACACUGCAGACAAUAGGAAAGGAGGUAAAAGAAGUGAACCUGUACUGCGGUCCCCAUAUGAAUCAGGAUUUUCCAUGACAGAAAUCGAUCCAGAUAAAGACUAUUCCAUUCCGAGGCCUCAGACCACAAACAUCAACGAGCCUUACGACGACUACUAUGGACCCAGCGUUGGUAACUGACACAAUAAUGCAGUAACAAUAUUCCACCCACUAAUUCAUACUACAGUCGGCCCAGUUUUGCCAUUUUCGCCCUUUUUAUUUUCCUGCCACAGGAUUUUAGACUGGACUCCUCCAUAGCUUGCACCUGGAUGCACCUUGAACACAAACUGAAUGUACGUAGCCUAGCCUCAGCCUGGGUCAUCUUCAUAACUGGCCAAAAGACUUGUCUCCUACAGCUUUGCUUGGACUGAGGUCUUGAUAGUCGGAGAUACUGUGUGGAGGAAAUUCUUUAGUUUAAUUAUACAUGUUGACCUUUAGGUUGACCUUUCUAGGCCCAGCAACAGCCUUUUUUCUUGACAAACCUUGACACCAUUGUUUGAUUGUAUGUAUUGACUAUUUUGUACAGUUUUUACUUUAUUUGAAUAAAAUUAUAUCGUGUUGAAUUCUUGAAAAUGUUAUUCGCUGAGGUAUGGCUGGUGCAUCGAUCCCGCCGAUUGUUUGUGGGGCAGCUGUGAGGAGAAGAUGAGAGGAAAUGAAGA